AUGCCUAGCACAGCAUCGGAUGGGACCUCAAGGAAUGCUGAAGGAGCUCAGCUUCAGGAUGACAACCUGAUGGCUUCUCCAGACUGGAACAGAGAUGCCCAGGAAGAUGAUACCGCUCUGAAAGAAAAAGAGCAAUCUGGCAUGGCUGCUGGAGCCAGGGAGCCAAGACUGAGGGAGCCACUGGGGCAGAUAACUAGCUGGAGUUCGCAGACUUUGCUCAGUAAGGAGGAUGAGGAUGAAUCCUUAAAAUAUUCCAAAUAUAGACUAGGAGGGUCAGUUGACAGUGUAUUGUCUCUUGCUUCUUCUGAGCCUUUCGACCCACUUGAAAGGAAGACAUUGAGAUCUAAGCAAUCACAGGGUGCUUUGGCACAUUCCUCAAGCAUAGCUCAAGAAGGCACGUAUGGAAGACAUAAACCAACAGCAGAUACUACUCAAGACAUUGUGGAUGAUAUAAUAGGUGAUGAAGUUGCUUUCAAAAUACCUGUUCAGCCGAUCAGAAUGAAUCAGGAAAGUCCUAGCUUAAUCCAUGGGAUUAAGAUGAUUGCAGCAUUGUCAAAGAGCGCCUAUGGCAGUGGCACAACAUCAUCUGCAGACAGGGUUUCUAACACUCACAAGGCAACAGAGACAGAAGAAUCUCGGGAUAGAUCCGUGCAUCUGCUGCAAUCCCUGGUUGAGAGAGCAGAGGAAAUUAAUCAGCUCACGAAGAAAGUGCAGAUUGAGAAUCAGCAGCAGUUGGAGGAAUGGUGCCUACUUUCUGCAGAAAAUGAAAGGUUCAAAAGGGAGGAGGCAAGGAGUUUUAAGGAAAAGAUGGCAACCCCCAGUCACCUCAACUUGGACCGGAGCUCAGCUUUAAUACUACAGCAGCAAAUUGCGAGUCUUAAGAAUCAGGUCGGUGAUCUUCUGGAGGCCAAUGAGGCUGCUGUUCUGGAGCUGACAAAUGCAGACGAAGAGAUUUCACAACUGAAAAAUGAAAUGGCUCAAUUAAAAUCUGAAUAUCUGCAGAAGAUAAAAGAAUCCAAAGAAGAAAAUCAUCUUCUCAAGGAAAUGAUGAACAUGGUGAGCAAGAGGCACGCUCCACUAACGACCUAUGAGCAGGACCUUCAUGAGGAGAUUUUUCAGCUAAGACGCGAGUCCAGGAGGUUGAGAGAACUCUGUCACCAACUAAAUGAGGAAAACCACAGACUGAAAGAAGAGCUAUGGGAUGUUAAGAGGGAAUACGAACGGCUAGCACAGCUGGCAACAGCCAGAAAGAAGGGCCAGACCACAACAUUAAUUCCUUGGACUGAUCUUUGCAAGAAAGACACUCAGACUAGAAUUCUAUCAUCAGUGCAGUAUGGCAGGAAAGAAGGUUUACAAACAGAUGAGAUGAAUGGAAUUCCCAGCAGCAGAAUGGUGUCUAUACUCAAAGUUUUCAGCCCCCAUGCAUGUGAUGAAAGGCAACAAGAAUGUUCUAAAAGCAAUGCUUCCUCAAUGUCUAUGAAUAGUGAGUCUACAGAGAUUCUGAUCACUGGAUACCAUGACACAGGCUUAAAGAAAGAAUCUAAGAGCAACUCAAAAGAUGGUGCAUGUGAGGAGACCCCAGAACCGUGUGAUGAUGAUUUGUCUGCAGUCAGUCAGCAAAAUAGGACACAUCAUCAGAAUUCUCUACAGCAUGAUACAGAUGUAACAGGCAGCCUCUCUGCAACGGAUACCUGCAGUAAAAGUGCCACGAGCAGGACUCCUGUGGGUAAGGUAGUGUUACCAAGACGACCAUUUGCACCAAGAAAUGUUACAGACUUGAAAGUUGGAAACCUAGUGAAAUUCUCCCGUCCAGCAGGGAAAAUCAGUAAAGGAACAAUCAAGUACUUGGGGCACCUGCUUGGGAGAGAGGAUGUGUAUCUUGGGGUAGAACUGGAGGGCAGCGAAGAGGGAAAACAUGAUGGAACAUUUCAGGGAACACGAUACUAUCUCUGCAAACCUAACAAAGGAGUAUUUGUGAACUUCAGCAAGGUCAUUAUGGCAUGGGAAUAAUGAAUCCAGGACAACCUAUAAUAAAAAAAAACCCUCAUAUGAGCCUAUGGACUUUUACAGCAAGUUACUGGCAUGCUAUGCCCUUUGAUUAUCUGCAAAGAAACUAAUUAUAUUGUUAUACAAGUGCAUUUGCCCAAAGUCUAUUGAUAUUUCCUACACAUUUUUAUAGAAAUGUUUACUUCAAAAUAUUUUCUGGAACCUUCGUAGACCUUUUUGUAAAAUAAACGUGAAGUGUUG